AUGGUUCGCUCGGUCUUGGGUGUGCUGGUGCUCGCCACCUUUACAAAUCCGACGAUUGCGGCUUGUGUUCCAGAUGUGCCCGAGCGGGUAUUGAACGAUCCCCAAAUCCUCAACCACGCAGCUAUAAUCGAAGCAUUUGACGAGGUUGAAAAGGCACUAAGAAAGCCGUUCGAUGCUAACACCACUCGCGAUGGGCUCAGUUUUGCUCUUGUGCAUGCCUCAUCCUCAACGCCAGUCUACACCUUCAACGCCGGCACUCUGAAAUUCAACGAAACAUCUUUCUACCCCCAGGACACAGCUGAGAACGCCAUCACGGGCGACUCCAUUUUUCGCGCCAACUCCAUUUCCAAGAAUGUUGCAAUAACCAGCGCGCUGAUUCUUUCUCGUCUGACCAACCGUACCAUCACUCUCAACACUCCAGUUCGACACCUCCUGCCCUCCUUCCAUCUCCUCCUUCCCGACUGGGAAGAUGGUGGCAGAGAUAUCACGCUCGCGAUGCUGGCGAGCCACACAAGUGGCAUCACAAGAGACAGCUUCAGCACUGGGUUCAAUCAGGUGUUGAGCACAGGAAAAGUCACUACCGACAGCAUAGGGGCAUUGUGGGCAAAUCAGACGGUGGACAGCGUGGUCGAAGAGGUAGGGAGGACGGGCCUCAUGUUCAAGCCUGGAGAGAGGGCCGCUUAUUCGAACGCGGGUGUUGGGAUCCUUGGGGCGGCGGUGGCAUCGUACUACAACGAGAUUACCCGUGAGGACCUAUCGUGGAGUCAACUGGCUGAGCAGGAAAUUCUAGAGGCUCUGAACAUGACGAACAGUUUCUUUGGUUCUAUUCCAGAUAGCCUCAUUCCGUCUAUCACUGUACCAGGAGGCGAAAAUUGGGCCGAUCUGGUGCUUGGAGAGGGUUAUAAUCCAGUGGCGGGCAUGUGGAGCUCAGCGAAUGACCUCUCCAAAUACAUACACAACGUUUGGCUCCAGCAGCCGCCUUCACUUAUCUCACCCUUUGAUCGGCGUCACGCGCUGAAGCCUGUCUACUCCCUUCCAGACGGGAAGCAGCAGGUUGGAACUGGGUGGGAAAUCAUGUUGCACACCGUUCCAACAAGCUCUAAUACAAGCGACCCUGACAUAACAAAGACGUAUGGCAUCUACGGCAAAUCAGGUAGCGGUGGCGGUUGGCGUUCUUGGAUGGACGUCGUGCCUAAUCUGGGGUACGGACUUGUGAUUCUAAGCCAGACCGCUGGAUUGGCAGGAUAUGAGACGCUGUAUCCCGGGGUAAUGUACAGCGAUCUGCAAGACAUCCUGAUACCAGCGUUUGCAGAGGCGCUCAGUGCACGAGUCAAGGAGAGGUUCGUAGGCACAUAUGGAAGCGGCCGUGAUACGGGAAUUAUCACGGAUGAAGUGAGCAUCCACACAGUGAACUCGACGACGUACGCUAGGCUCGAGGUCCAGGAUCAGGUUUUGUACAUGCGUGAGCUUGUGGUCAACGGCAGUAGUGCGCUGGAGGCUAUUGACCGGGUGAGCUGGGUCGGUGAUGUUGUAGGCGACCGCUUCUUCUCCAGACCUGCUGGCGUAGUGCUCGAGCCUGCUGGAGGCGCCAGCGAAAUCGCAGAGUUUGGUGACGGUGCCCAGGUCUUCCGAAUAGCGCUUGCUGGAGAGGAGACGUGCGACUGGUAUGACUAUGACGGGUACAAAGAUCAGAACGGAUGGCCCUUGACAAAAGUUGUGCUCGUGGAGACUGGAGAUGGGGUUGAGCUGCAUUAUCCGCCGUUUGAUAUUGUCGUGACUAAAUCAUAG